AUGAACGCCUUCAGGAACACUAUGCGCCGCUCAGCAUCCCGGGGGUUCUCCACUGAAGCUCGUGUCCACCCCAACAUCCUUCCCUACCUACACAACACGCGCCGAACAAGCAUGGUGCCUCGAUGGAUUCCGUCGACGAUCGCCGUCAUCGCCGUCGGCUACGCCGCCAGCAGCUACGCCAUGGGCAUGAGCCAACGCCGGUCCGCCCGGCUCGCCGAGAUGGAGAGACAACAGGCAGAGAGCCGCCUCCGGGCAUCGAAAUUAAUGGACGCCUACGGCGACGGCACCAGCCUCGAGAGCCUUGAACGGGCAGUCGCCCUGUACGAGGCCCAGAACCGGUCAUGA